AUGCGGAGAACCCGAGGUAGCCUAAUGAUGGAUUUUGAUGAGCGUGUUCCUUGUUCCUCUAACAUGUAUUUGCCAAGUUGUACUUACUACGUCUCGGGUCCUGAUUUCUCCAGCCUCCCUUCUUUUUUGCCCCAGACCCCGUCUUCUCGCCCUAUGACAUACUCCUACUCUUCCAACCUACCCCAGGUCCAACCUGUGAGAGAAGUUACCUUCAGGGAGUAUGCCAUUGACCCCGCCAGUAAAUGGCACCCCAGGAACAAUCUGCCCCACUGCUACUCAGCAGAGGAGAUCAUGCACAGAGACUGCCUGCCUGCCACCAAUACGGCUAGCAUGGGUGAGAUGUUCGGCAAAAACACAGCAAACGUCUACCACCCUACCACCAACGUCUCGUCCAAUUUCUAUAGCACGGUGGGGAGGAACGGGGUCCUGCCCCAGGCUUUCGACCAGUUUUUCGAGACGGCAUAUGGCACCACGGAAAAUCUGUCCUCGGCGGACUAUUCGGGAGACAAGAAUGGCGAGAAAAUGCCUGCGACAGCUACUGCAACUUCAAGUUCGGAAGGCGGCUGCAGCAGAGAGGCGGCAGCAGCAGCAGAGGAGAAGGAGAGGCGGAGAAGGACAGAGAGCAGCAGCAGCCCGGAGUCAUCUUCCGGCAACAAUGAGGAGAAAUCCAGCAGCUCCAGUGGACAACGUACCCGUAAAAAGAGAUGCCCAUACACCAAAUAUCAGAUUAGAGAAUUAGAAAGAGAAUUCUUCUUCAGUGUCUAUAUAAACAAAGAGAAACGCCUCCAGCUUUCCCGAAUGCUCAAUUUGACCGACCGUCAAGUAAAAAUAUGGUUUCAAAACAGAAGAAUGAAAGAAAAAAAAAUUAACAGGGACCGAUUACAAUAUUACUCAGCUAAUCCACUACUUUAA